UGAAGUCUGCGAGGCGGGAGUUUCCCUCGUAGACCCUUGUGAGCGCUGAGAAAGGGAGCCCGGUUUCCCGGAACUGCCUCGCUCUUAUAAAAAGGAAGAGCCCAAGAGACGAAGCCCGGCAGAGGGACGAGGGCGCUCGGUUGGGCUUCCCCGAAUCGCAUCCCUUAACGUGCUGUCUUCUUCUACGGGACUCUGAUCCGGAUUGGCCUGCCCGUGUCAAGGGAUUUUAUCCGAGCGGCGGAUGGUACUACUCUCUCGGAUCAUGCACCCGUGUCUUUUCUUCCUCGUCGCCUGGAGUGCCGGGGGUGUGGUGAAAGGAGCUGCAGCUGAAGAUUUCUUACACAUUCAUCCAGAAAAGCCUGUAGUGGAAUAUGGCGCCUCCGUGGUCUUGAACUGUAGCUCCAGUUGCGCACCGAUUAAUCUGGAGACUUCCCUAAAAUGGGCUGAGGCCGGAACUGGCUCCACAUGGAAGAGCUUCAACUUCACUGAGGUUGACCAGUGGUCAGUCGCCCCAUUAUGCUAUGUUAAUUGUGAAAGAACUCCGCUGGAUCGCCGUGCAAACUUCACAGUUUAUCGGGCUCCCGAGCGUGUGGAGCUGGAUCUGCCGCAAAAGAUGGAGGUGGGCAAGGAGUACAACUUGAACUGCCAGGUUUUUGAUGUUGCCCCCAUCCGGAACCUCACUGUGACCAUUUUCAAAGGAGGGAAACCCCUCCUGGAGAAGACAUUUGAGAAUCAUACCAAACCUCAACCUGGUAAUAUUACAGUGACCUACCCUAUAACUGUUGAGCAACAAGACCAUAAUGAAAGUAUCACCUGCCACGCAGCUCUGGAUCUGAGGCCAGAAGGUCCACUCCUUGAAAAGCCAUCUGCCAGUCAAUUGCUAGAGCCUGUGGCUUUUCCAAUGGAUCCCCUUCUCGAAAGUCCAUUGUCUGCAGAAAUUGGUACUCAGAUGACUGUGACAUGUGAUGUAUCAGGAGUUUUUCCAGCUGAAGAGGCCAUGUUUGAGCUGUCCUUUGCCGGAGAGAAUCUGGACCUCAGUAUCCAUGUGUUGGAGGAAACAGCAAGUGCCCAGGCUCUGGUUCACCUUCCUUCAAUAGGAAAUCACGAGUUGAUCUGCACAGUUUCUCUGGGGCCAGUGAAGAGAAGUGUAAAUAAAACUGUCACUGUGUUUGCGUUACCAAAACCCGUCCCAGAAGAUGAUCAUCUUAAGGUCGUUGUCAACACAACAGUAAAUGUCAUGUGCAAGUUGGAUGGCGUGAAGUCCCCUGGUGUUGUUAUGCAGAUCAAAGAUAAGAAUCAAACCUUAGCAUCCAGUGAAGACAGUUUUGUCAUAAACUAUGAAGUGACAACGUGUGAAGAGGAUGAUGGGAGAGAAUUUCUGUGCAUAGCCCAACUGCAGGUUAAUGGGACUGAAGUCACGAAAAACGCAUCUGUAAAGCUUACCGUCUUCUAUGCGCCCCGAAUAACUAAUACAAGCUGCCCCAGUGUGUUAACAUGGAAGGAAGGCAGCAUGGAAGCCUUUAUCUGUUCUGCACAUGGAAACCCGCCACCAACUGUUGAAUGCAGGAGAGAUAAUAUGGUCUACCACAUUGGGGUGCAACAGCAGAUCAUGAGAGAGCACAAGGGGGUAUAUCACUGCAAUGCCAGCAACGCUUAUGGCUCAGAUGCUAAAGAUGUGACCAUAGUUGUGGAAUUUUUCCAGCUAAACAUCGUUGCCGUUGCCCUGUCAGUUCUCGGUGCAGCGAUUAUUAUUUCUGUGGCGACAGUGGGCUAUUAUAUGUACUACCGAAGCCAUAAGGUGAGGAAAUAUCGCCUAAAGCAGCAAGCAGCAGGAAACCCCAUGGAGCAGAAGUGUCUGAACGGUGGUGCAAGUGUCUAAAUGGACAGGGGACGGUUAAGAAACUCAAGAGGAUCUGGCCCCCGGUCUGGCGAGACAGUAGGUGCUGUCGGGGUUCAUCUUUGCUGUGAGGAGAAAACAUUUCAUCUGGUGCUGAACUACUAACAGGCGGUGUUUUGACUGGAAUUGGAAAGAGUGGCGGAUGGUUUCUCCACUUUCAAACUAUGGUUGGUUGCUUUCACUGCAAGGAGUCCCAUCUAGAGAGAAGGUGUCCCAAGACAUGUUUCUCUCUUAUCUUUCGCUUAAAGCUUUCCUUUUCCAACCAACGAUUCUUCUCCAUCCGGAGUUAUAGACAGCAGUAGAUGGUGUGAAAAGGGCGUAGCUGCACCCAUUUGCAAGCAACACUAAGGGACUUGGUAGGUGUCUGGAUGCCACAGAGGAAUGGAAGCCCUGCAGCAGGCCUGGGCUCUGUGCGCCGUGAUGGAGCACAGAGGACGAAGCUUUUAGUGACUGUGGGAUGAAGUGUCUGCCUUGAUCCUUUCUGUACCAGCAGCCUUACUGGGACUGUCAGCAGGCAGCGGGCCCCUCUCUAGGGGGGUUUGCGGGCAAGCUGUCCAUAGCUCAUUUAGGGACUUCAAGAAAGGUCUUCUGCACUGAAAAAAUGGGAAGGCCACCACGGUUGGUUGGUUGGUUGGUUUAUUUUAAUUUUGGUUUCCUGAUACGUGAACUCAGGAUUAUCUUGUCGAAAAAAUUCUGUAGGUCAACCUGGAUAAAGUUGGAAAUGACGUGGAGCAGAGUUCCAUCACUUAUCAAAACUGACAACACCCUCUUUAACAGGAAGAGCAGGUCUUGAAACAUCUGCUGUGAGAGUCUUGCUCAUGUGUUCACACAAUCCCAUUGUUUUCACACAAUUUCUGGUAUAAAGAUACCAUAAAACUCGUAAGUUUAACUGCACAGUGGUAGGAAUGGAGAGGGGGAAGGAAAAAACCCUGCCCCAGAUGUGUGCUUGGUUUGUCUUACAUAUUCUGUCUCUUGUGACUACCGGCGAUAUGUAGCAAAACUGGUGCAACUGAGCCUCAAAAACACAAUUGUGUGUGGCAAGCUCAUGCAGGGAUGCCUAGGCCCUCUUUAUCUUAGGGGCACACCUGGCAUAUGAAAUGGUCCUCAUGCAGAAAGAACAGGAAGCAGCUGCUCUCUUGCUGAUCCUUAAGCUUAUUAUCAUCAUGUGCCUUUGGACUUGUAAAAGGACACCUUGACUGAAACCCAAAAUUAUACAUACUGUAUAUGAUUUUUUUUUCACUCUCUGAGUACUGUAUAUGUUUCAGAUGAUCAUCAUGCAACAAUGGUUUGGCAUGUGUAUCAA